GCAAUGUCUGAACGCAUGCGUCGAUUGUGUCUCAAGAAAAACACGUUUUGGUUGUAAUCGUGUUUUCAAUUCAAUCGCUCUUUAAUUGUAUUUUUGGUGUCAUUUAAAGCCCAUUGAAGUCCACACCGAAGACAACCAGACAUAAGACGAGACAAUGCCUCAGAACGAACACAUAGAGCUGUUCCACAAGAGGUUCGGCCGACGUCUGGAUCACGAGGAGAGGAAGAGGAAGAAGACGGCCAGAAGUGUUCGGGAUGUGUCUCAGAAGGCGAAGACAUUGCGCGGCAUUAAAGCCAAACUCUAUAACAGACAGCGCUUUACUGAAAAGAUUCAGAUGAAGAAGACUAUCAAAGCUCACGAACAGAAGAACUCGAAACAGAAAGUGGAUAAACCCGUCACCGAUGGAGCCGUUCCUCACUAUCUGCUCGACAGAGAGACCCAAAGCAGAGCUAAAGUGCUCUCAAAUAUGAUUAAACAGAAGAGGAAGGAGAAGGCGGGCAAAUGGGAAGUUCCCAUCCCUAAGGUUAAGGCCGUCUCCGAAAUGGAGGUCUUUAGAGCCAUCAAAACUGGUAAACGAAAGAAGAAGUGUUGGAAACGAAUGGUAACCAAAGUGUGUUUCGUCGGCGAAGGCUUCACACGAAAGCCGCCAAAGUUUGAGCGCUUCAUACGUCCGAUGGCUUUGAGGUUUAAGACGGCUCACGUGACUCACCCGGAGCUGAGGGCGACAUUCAGUUUGCCUAUCAUUGGCGUCAAGAAGAACCCGAGUUCGCCGAUGUAUACAUCGUUGGGUGUUAUCACCAAAGGAACAGUGAUUGAAGUGAAUAUCAGUGAAUUGGGUUUAGUGACCACAUCGGGCAAAGUGGUCUGGGGCAAAUACGCUCAGGUCACCAACAAUCCCGAGAAUGACGGCUGCAUUAACUCCGUUCUCCUCGUCUGAUGGGACCCACACUCCCAUCGAUUGUCUUAUUUUUAGUUUAAUAUUUUUAUUUUGUAAAUAUUAAAGUAAUUUUUGUGGAAAUAAAUUCAAUUCAAUUAUA